AUGAAUUUCAAAUUGAUCCUGUUUCUACUGGUUGAAUGCACCAGAAUUCACACCGAUGCUCUGUCGUUUCCCGAUCCAUCCCUGCCAGGGUCUCGUCGAGGACCUUAUUCCGACUAUUCGAAUAGACCACCAUCCUAUAAUGAUGUGCCGACGCCCUACAACGAUGGAUAUGACCUCCCACCUCGCUACAAUGGAGUGUAUGAUAUGCCACCAUACUACAAUGGUAUGCAGCCAUUCAAUUACAAUGAUGGACAGGGAAUGACACCCGCUUACAGCAAUGGUCUCGACACACAACCAUCCUACGACAGCCAAGCCGGAAUACAGCCAUCCUCGAAUAGGCAAAUUGCUGCUAUUCCACUAUCGGCUGAUGUUCCUUUAUCGGACAUGACUGCUUACAGCAAUGGUCUCGAUACGCGGGCGCAACCAUCCUACAACAGCCGAGCCGGAAUGCAGUCAUCCUCGAAUAGUCAAAUUGCUGCUAUUCCACUAUCGGCUGAUGUUCCAUUAUCGGACAUGACUGCUUACCGCAAUGGCAUCGAUACGCAACCAUCCUACAACUGCCAAGCCGGGAUAGUAGAUUCAUCCUCCACUAGUCAAGUUCCUGCUAUUCCAUUGUCAGACAUGACUGCUGCUAAAGCCGACACCAAUGGAGUCGAUGUUGCUUCCAGAACUGACUUUUUUGCAACCCAUUUAAGCCCAAUGGACAAUAAUCCACUGUUGCAUCAAGAGAAUUGUUUGCCCAAAUUCUCUCGCAUUCGGGCCCAGCACAUUGCUCCAGCGCUAGAAAAGAAAAUAGAAACCAUGAAACUGGAAUUCGAACUUUUCGAAUCUUAUCUGAACAUGAAAGCGUCAUCGGUUGCACCCAACACCGGAAUUAUGAAUAGCAAGGAUGAUUCUGAGAAACUUGAGCUGUCCUGUAUGUUGGAUCAGCUAGACAGCAUCAAACAUAUCCUGGAUCAUACUUGGACCAUUGUUUCUCAUUUGCAUGCCGUGAAGAACGACAAUGACCUCCGUAAGACUUACGAACAGUAUCAGAGGGUAGUACUGAAAGCAAGCUCUCAGUUCUAUCAGUCGGAAGCCUUGUUUGAUGCACUGCAAAAGCAACUAGAGGAGCAGGUCAAAUCCAAUGAAAAGCAACAGAAGGAGCUAUCCAAUAAUAUCAAGGAAAACCGUGCCAUUACGCCUGUCGACUCCAUCAUUACAGAUAAAGUGUAUGAGCAACAGCAAGAACAGCGAGCGCUGGAAAGCAUAUUGCGAUCCAUGAAAGAAGGAGGCGUCGGGAUGAAGUCGAAAGAAGACCAGGACCGUUUCAAUGAAAUUCAGUUGCGACUGGCAUCGUUGGCCACCAAAUUUUCCCACAACAUCUUGGACGAGACCCAAGCCUUGUUCAUGACUAUUAGCGAUCAGAGUUUAAUGGACGGCGUUCCAGAAUCAAUAUUACUUCAAUGGAACAAUGCAUACCGAAAAGAAAUGGCAAGACUGGGGUACAUUGGAAUCAGCGACACUCGGAACCCGAAUGAUUCUACCAGCUUUAAUGGUUGGAGUAGCAAUGGACCAGUAUCCUACGAAGAGCAGCAAUACGAAGAAGAAAUGAGGAAUUUGGGAUGGAAGACAGGACCGUGGAGAGUGACCAUGGACCAAUCGUCCUAUCUCUCCGCCAUGAAGCACAUUCGGGACCGACCGUUGCGACAGCAGAUAUACAUGGCCCAUCUGCAACGAGCAUCUGAGAAAUCUCCCGACAAGAACAAUAUUCCAGUCAUUGAGGAGAUAUUACAACUCAGAAAGGAGAUGGCAAAGCUACUUGGGUAUGAUAGCUAUGCCGAACUGAGUCUGUCAUCGAAAAUGGCAUCCUCGACCGACGCCAUUACCAAGCUGUCGGAUUUUGUACUAGCGAAAGCCUUACCAGCGGCAAAAAAGGAAUUGGAAGAGGUUACAAAGUUUGCGCAUGCAAGUGGUGGACUGAUGGAAACAGACGCAAGUGGAUGUCGCGUCCCGGUCCCCUUGGAGCCCUGGGACAUUUCCUACUGGACGGAACGAUUGAAGGAAUCCAAAUUUGAUCUUACAGAAGAAGAGCUACGGCCCUACUUUGCCCAUCCGAAUGUGAUUCAUGGCCUAUUUCAACUGGUCAAUCGUCUGUUUGACGUGACCAUCAAGGAAGAUGUGGCCGACAAGUGGCACCCCGAUGUCUCCUUUUACAAUCUGUAUGACAAUGCCAGCGGGAAGCAUAUUGCCAGUUUUUACCUUGAUCCAUAUUUUCGGCCACUAAACAAGCGAGGUGGAGCUUGGAUGUCAAGUUGUGUUGCCAAAUCAAGAGCUUUGAGGAAUGACCUCCCAGUGGCAUAUGUAUCGUACAAUGUCCACCCACCUGCCGAACGACAACAACAACAACAAGGAGGGAGACCAUCCUUGCUGACCUUUCGGGAAGUCGAAACUGUGUUUCACGAAUUUGGCCAUGCCCUGCAGCAUCUGUUGACUACUGCCUCUGUCGGUGAAGUGUCAGGAAUCAAUGGGAUUGAGUGGGAUGCCGUGGAAAUCCCUUCCCAAUUCAUGGAGCGAUGGUGUUACGAUCGUGACACGCUCUAUUCGUUUGCUCGACACUGGCAAAGUCACCAGCCUCUACCGGAAGCAAUGUACGAAAAGCUGCUCCAGCAAAAGGUGUUUGGUGCUGGAAUGAAGACGUGCAAACAAUUGUAUUACGGACAGCUAGACCUCGCACUGCACGGCACUACGAGUGCCAUUUCUACCUUUGACGAGAACGACGAGACGAUUCAAAGUCAAUACUUUUUGAAACAGCCAAAGACGACCAUAUUUGAUGUCCAGCGAAAGGUUGCCGAAAAGUAUUUGCCUCCCUCCAUGAUGCCUUUGUUGAAAGAAGAUCGCUACCUUUGUUCCUUUAGUCAUAUUUUUGCGGGUGGAUAUUCGGCUGGAUACUAUUCGUAUCUUUGGGCCGACUUGAUGAGCGCUGACGCCUUUGGCGCCUUUGAAGCCGUUUUGAAUGAUUCUCCUAGUACUACCGGUACGCAAGGUACUAAUAAUAACAACAACAACAACAACAACAACAAAGAAGACGAACUCAAGGUCAUUGGUAAACGCUUUCGGGAUACCUUUUUGAGUUUGGGAGGAGGAAUCCCACCCGAUCAAGUCUUUGAGAUCUUUCGCGGUCGUACGCCAACGGCAACCGCAUUUUUGGAACAAAGUGGGCUUCAAGAAUAA